AUGGCUUGGUCGGUCUUCGCUCUCACGCUGGUGCUGGGCGUGUCAUGCGGCCGGCCGCCAGUGACAAAUCGUGCGAAGCUUGAGCGGCAGGAGGCGGUGGAGAGACAUCAGGCCCAGAUCGAUCCGCCUGCCAUCAACCUGUCCAAUUCGAGCCUCCAAUCCUUCUGCCAACAGCGGCUCGAUCACUUCAACAAGACCAACCAGAAGACCUGGUGUCAACGCUUCGCUGUGGACGACAGCUUCUAUCAGCGCGGUGAACGCAGUGUGGUCUUCUUGUGCGUGGGCGGGGAGGACCGGCCCUGGGGGACUAGUGGAUGGCCACACUUGCAGACUUGCAACAACAUGGUGCAGCUAGCGCCUCGCUUCAAUGCCCUGCUGCUGUGUUUGGAGCAUCGCCACUACGGCGGGUAUGACUUCGAUGCAGUGCCCAAGUUCGACCUGGAGGGGCUCCACUUCCUCAGCAGUCGCCAGGCCCUGGAAGAUGUGGCGGCCUUUCGAGUCUACGCCGCAGAGGUCUUGGAUCUCCAGACUGCUACCUGGGUGACCUUCGGCGGUUCCUACUCUGGUGCUUUGAGUGCCUGGGCGCGGCUGCUCUACCCCGACCUCUUCCAUGCCGCAGUGUCUUCUUCCGCGCCCAUGGAGAGCCAACUGAACUUCCGUGGAUAUCACGAUGUGGUUGCCUCCAGCCUGGCGUCGCCCCAUGUGGGUGGCACUCCACAAUGCCUAGCGACGAUCACCAAAGGCCACGCGCAGCUGCGUGAGCUGCUGCGGACGACCCUGGGUCGACGAUCGCUGGAGAAGAAGUUUAACCUCUGUGGCCAUCGGCCGCUGGAUGAUUCGAACAAUGUGGCCGGAUGGGCGGGCAUGGGUGUCAUUACCAGCAAUCAAUAUAACAACAACCGCUGCAGCAUCACCAGCUGCAACAUCCGGCUCCUGUGUGGGAACUUGUCUUUGAUGAGUGAAGCGCUGCCCUCGGAGUUGGAUGCUCUGGUGGAAUUGGACCGCUUCCAACAAGAAGAGGCGGUGGCCACUGGCGCAGUGCAAAGUGUGGAGAAGUGCAAGGAUAUCUCCUGGAACGGAUAUUUGGAAAGCUUGCAGAUCCAAGAGAAGCGCACGGACGGGAGCAAUCUCAUGGGGUUAUGGACCUAUCAGAUUUGCACUGAAUGA